CACUAUCCAGAUCACUAUGAUUAGUGAUACAUCAACUGCAGCAGAGUUCUGUGGGGACAGUGCCUCAGUGUUGUCUCAGGAUUCCAGUGUAUUCUUCAGUGAACCCCCUCCACCAACUGACAAUCCGCUGGACUUCUUCAUCAUUAAUGUCGGAGGAAGCCGCUACAUUCUCUCUCAGGAGCUGCUGGCCUCUCACCCAGAGACACGCCUGGGCAAGCUGGCUCUCUCCACACGAGAUUCGGCUUUAGACCUGUGUGAUGAUGCAGACUUUCUGGAAAAUGAAUACUUCUUUGACCGCAAUUCUCAAACCUUCCAAUACAUCAUGAACUUUUACAAGACAGGCCAUCUGCAUGUUAGAGAGGAACUAUGUGUGUUUUCCUUCCUGCAAGAAAUUGAAUAUUGGGGUAUUGAUGAGUUCCGCAUAGACCACUGUUGUAGGGACAAGUACUACCGCAAAAAGGAGAUGAAGGAAUCCAUAGAUAUUAAAAAGGAUGUUGAAAUGAAUUGUGUGGAGGAUGACUUCAGUGGAGUACUGUGUGAGGACAUUCGCCGGUGGCUCUGGGACCUGAUGGAGAAACCGGAUUCGUCCAAGGCAGCAAAAACAUAUGGGACGUUGUCUAUGUUCUUUGUGAUCAUGUCCAUCGCGAACAUGGCUAUGAUCUCUCUGGACUUUACUAUCCUUGGUGCACCUGUCUUGGAUAUUCUUGAGUACAUCUGUAUUGUGUGGUUCACAGGGGACCUGGUGCUCAGGUUCAUGUGUGUGAAGGACAAAUGUAAAUUCAGCAGGAGUGUGGUGAACAUCAUUGACCUUCUGGCCAUCCUGCCUUUCUAUAUCACCCUAGCAGUGGAGAAUCUGCAUGGCGGGUCAACAGAAUUGGAGAACGUGGGACGGGUAGUGCAGGUCCUGCGACUGAUGAGGUCUCUUAGAAUGCUGAAACUUGGACGUCAUUCCACAGGUCUGAAGUCUUUGGGCAUGACUAUCGCUCAGUGCUAUGAGGAGGUGGGUCUGCUGAUGCUCUUCCUCUCCGUGGGCAUUUCCAUCUUCGCCAUGGUGGAGUACGCCAUUGAGCACAACAUGCCUGAGACCACAUUCACCAAUGUGCCUUGUGCCUGGUGGUGGGCCACCACAUCCAUGACCACCGUGGGUUAUGGGGACAUUCGCCCAGAGACAGCCAUUGGCAAGGUCAUAGCCUUCAUCUGCAUUCUUUCAGGCAUCCUUGUCCUCGCCCUUCCCAUUGCCAUCAUCAAUGACCGCUUCUCAUUCUGCUACUUCACCCUGAAGAUGAAGGAGGUAGCGCUACGGCACAGUGAGGCACUGAAGCGUCUGAAGCGCAACUCAACCUCAGAUGGGAUGCAGCCAGCAGUAGGGCUAAACCUGCGUGAUGCCUAUGCCCGCAGUGUGCUAGAACUGCUGCGGCUGUACAGCAGAGGGAGGACAAGCACACGCAGCAGCGCAGGAGAAGACGUCUGGUGAUAGUAGGACACACCAGAGAAAACUUACUGAAGUGAAAUCUGUAAUGUCUAGAAUGUUUAUUUAGAAUGUACUUAUUAACUUUUACUUACAUGUAAUAAAUCUUUUACUUUCUGCAUAUAGGUAUGACAUAGAUUUGUCUUCAGUGCAUCCAAUCAUGUUGAGUGAGGAUUUGUUAUUUAAUUAUAUUUCUCAUUUAAUUUUAUUUCACUUGUAAUAUUUUGUUUUGUCAAUGUCAGAUAGGCACAUAAGAUAGCCUGCCAUAUGAACCUGAAGAGAGAAGCAGGGCAGUAAUAAAUAUAUAUAUAUAUAAGGCACAACAUCCAUUUAAAAUCAGCUUGUUUAUUCCUCACUCUUUUACAGGAACAAGCUCUAGAUAUCUGGCCAUUUUAACUUUUCUAAAAGCUCACAAAUAUUCAUUUUGGAGGAUACUGCGAGAUAAAUUACAGGCAGUUUGGCUUUCUCAAUGCAAGUUGCUGGACGUUCAGUGGGGUUCAAAAAUUCUGAGAUGACUAGUAAUUAUACUUUUAUUUCACAUUCUUUUCUAUUUAGUACAAAAAAUUUCAUUACAAAUAUAAAAAAAACAAUGUGAGAGAAAAUUCUUAGAAUCGUCAAAGUCCUUGAAUGCCAGUAUUUUUUAAUAUUUGUAAUGCAAAUUUAAAAUCAUGACCUACAAAUAAGGGCAGAAUCUUAAUUAUUGAAUAUUCAAGAUAUCCAACAUUUCUUUUCUUUAUUUUACAGUUUUCAAAAUUCUAAAACUGUUUAUUAGCCGUUUUAAAUGAAAAGAAACAAAACCCCACAAACCCAUAUUUUCAAUGUGGUCACUUUUGGACCCCAUUGUAUCCGCCAUGGACUUGUAAGGGAGACAGACUUUGAGCUCUAUAAAAUGCAGACGUUAAGACCGAAAUAACAACAUGCUUUAAUAAACUUCUAGUUAUAAACAUAAAUAGAUAUAUAAAUAGAUAUUGCUAGAAAAAUGCAAAAUUUGUGGUUAACGAUUAACAGUGUUGUUAAUUGUUUUGUGUAUCUUUUUGUUUGCUUUGUAUUUUUUCUGCUGUAUUUCAUGUGCAACCCACAUAUUUACUAUAAGACUGAUCAGAGGAUGGUGGGUGAACAGGCAGCCUGCCCAGGCUGAGGUAUAAAUAGAAUGCAUUUGAAUGUGUUUGAUGCACAGGGAUGAGAGUUAAUCUAUUCCCCAGAUGACCAGCUUCUCGUUCAACCUGCCAUCUAAGCAGCACCAACAAGAGGCCAUUGCCUAUAUUAUUAGAUGACACUGGUUGUCUGGAUUUGUACAUGUGUUUGCAUGAAAGAAACAGCAAUACAGAAGAGACAAAAAAGGAAGAAACAGUCUGAAAGGGAACAAGUGAAGACCUCAAGUGGACACCACUUGCUUCAAGCUGUUGUUCAAAAUGAUUUUCUCUUGGUCAGAAUAUUCCUGGUUUACACAUUCACAAUGACCUGACCUAGCAGACUGUCAUCUACGGUUCUGUUUUUUCCUAUGAGAAAUUAAACAGACUAGAGCACUGGAUCCUUCCUGGCACGGUAAAAAAAUCUCAAUUUGACGCUGAUGCCACAAAUGAGAAGCACCAUUCAUUUUUUUCAAGAGAGCAAUGAGAAAAGAACUGUAAACAAUUUAAUCUAAAUGGUGGGAAUCGAGGCAGAAUGCCAGACACAUACACACUUUAAUGGUCAUCGAGCAUGGAUUGCUUGGCUAACAGUUUUCUAAAAGCUUUAGCAUACAUCUUUAAAUCACUGACACACGUCUUGAGGCUAGCAGCUGUGUAGACUGUAUAGUGAAUAAUAUCAGGAAGAAAACCUGUAUAUGUACUUUACAUUAUUUUAAAUAUUGUCAUUGUCUAUUAUCACAACAACAAUAAGCCAACAGUAUAUAAACUUGCAUGGUGUUAAGGGUAUGAGUCCA